ACUCGUGUUGUGUUUUAUUCUUUGUUUAUUCACUCUGAUGUAUAAAAACAACCAGACGGCUGAUAUGGAUGCAGUCUCUCCAACCUUGCGGACAGAGUCUCCUGUCGGGACGCUCUGCCAGAAGACGCCAGAAGAGGCGAGCUCUCCAGCGUCUUCCUCGGAGAGCGGAGCCAAGGAGGUCAGCCAGGAUAUAAGUGCUCAGGACAAUCCAUUUGUUCCAACAGUUACAGCAAUAUCCUCCACCCCAGAUUUCCAGUGGAUGGUCCAGCCUACGAUUAUUCCAUCUGUCUCCCCAUCUCUGGGCAGCAAGCAAGCCAAUGAACCACAAAGCUCUCACCAGGCAACACCCAAAGCAGGCGGGAGCAAGGGGAAAAAUGCUGCCAGAAAGGGGAAAACAGAGCAGUUGUCUCCAGAGGAGGAGGAGAAGAAGCGGAUAAGACGGGAGAGGAAUAAAAUGGCUGCAGCAAAGUGUCGCAACAGACGGAGGGAGCUCACAGAUACGCUGCAAGCUGAGACUGACAAGCUGGAGGAGGAAAAAGCAGCCCUGGAGAUGGAAAUAGCUAACCUGCUCAAAGAGAAAGAGCGCCUUGAGUUUAUCCUCGCCACACAUAAAUCAGUAUGCCAGAUCCCAGAUGAGCUGGAGUCCAUUUUACAGGCUUCGGUGAAUUCCCCAGAGCUGCCUCCCAGUCCAGAUGAGGACAGGCUUCAGGAUGAAGGCAUCCAGGAAGCUCCUUCACUCCAAGACAUGGACAUCCCCAGUGAUCCAUCCACAGCCAUCUCUGGGAACUCCAAUAUCUUGCUGUGCGCCAACGCUGAAAUCAACAUCUCCGAUCUGGAGCCCUCCCUGGACAUUAAGGAGGGGCUACUAGACAAUAUCCUACCCAGUCUGGAGGACAGAAUCCCCAUGGAGACUGCUCGAUCAGUGCCAGACAUAGAUCUGAGCAGCUCCCUCGGCGUCUCGGACUGGGAGACCCUGUAUAAAUCUGUCUCCUGUGACCUGGAGCCUCUCAGCACUCCGGUGGUGACCUCCACCCCCACCUGCAGCAGCUACCUGUCUGUCUUCACGUUUGCGUGUCCCGAGCUGGACUCUCUGACGGAGGAGGAACUGGACGGCCUUAAAGAUGGUCUGAGUAAGGCUGAAUCCGUUGAUAUUCUGAACUCACCAACGCUUCUCGCCUUAUAAUCCACAGAGAGAGGGACGAGAUCUGCCUGAUCUCUGUUUUUUAUUUAUUUAUUGAUUUUUUUUUUUUUGGUUUGCAGGUACCUGACUUUAAAAUGAAAUCAACAACAUAUGCCCAGAUAUGCUGUAACUGUUCAAGGAAUACCUAAAUGAAUUGUCUUGUGUUUGACUGAGUAUGCAUAUAAACUUUGUCCUGAUACUUAGCCAACAGAGUGAUGUAGCUAAAAGCAUGGCUGUUAAUUCAACAAGAGGGACUGUCGAUUUGGUUUUAAAAACGCAUGCAGAGAAAAUCCAAAUAAUUUUCAAAGCUUAUUUAAAGGUAUUCAUGAUCUGUUAAUAGAUCUAAAGUGUACUGUGCAAUUUGAUGUAUCUGUAUGGUGUUUUUUGUGCCAAAAGUGUAAAGUUCGCUGUAUACAUUUACAUAUUCAUCCACACCUCAAUAUCAUCAGCUGUGCUUUGACCUCAUUGUUGAAAUGUUGAAAGUUUUCCAUGAAAACAUCCAGUGCUAUACACUAUAUAUAUUAAUAUAUAUAUAUUAUAUCUAUUGAGAUGUAACUUUUAUUUAUUUUUUUACCUUUCAGAUUUUGACUUAUUGUCAACAUUUAAGGAAAAAAAGAGAGCAUUGAUUGCUUAUCUAUGCUGCUGACUAACAAUAAUAAAUUUAUGUUCCCAAUGGUG